AAAACCGAACGAGCUCUGGGCGGAAAGGACUAGCAGACGCAGGUCGAGAGAGAUGGAGCUAAAAGACUUUAUGCAAACACAUGCGUGGAGGAGGAAGAUGGACCCGUUGCUCUGGCUAUGGAUCGCAGCUUUCCUGGGGCUGAGCCAGGGCUGCCCGGAGCCCUGCUCCUGUGUGGACAAAUACGCCCUUCAGUUCGCAGACUGCGCUUACAAAGAUCUGCAGGCGGUCCCCGUGGGGCUGCCCUCCAACGUGACCACCCUCAGCCUGUCCGCCAACAAGAUCACCUCCCUGCAGAAGAGCUCCUUCGUGGAGGUCACCCAGGUCACCUCGCUGUGGCUGGCUCACAACGAGAUCAGCGCCAUCGAGCAGGGCACCUUCGCCAUCCUGGUGCAGCUGAAGAACCUGGACAUCAGCCACAACCAGAUCGUAGACUUCCCCUGGGGGGAUCUGUACAACCUCAGCGCCCUGCAGCUGCUCAAGAUGAACAACAACCACAUGGUGAAGCUGCCCUGGGAGGCCUUCCACACCCUGAAAGACCUGAGGUCCCUGCGCAUCAACAACAACAAAUUCACCACCAUCGCCGAGGGCACUUUCGAUUCGCUGACUUCCCUGUCUCACUUGCAGAUCUACAACAACCCCUUCAACUGCACCUGCAGGCUUCUGUGGCUGAAGAGCUGGGCUGAGAACACCCUGAUCUCCAUCCCCGAGAAGGACUCCAUCAGCUGUGCAGCCCCGGACAGCCUCCGAGGAGUCCCACUGGGGAGAAUCCCAGACCUGCAGUGCGUGCCUCCCUCCGUACAGCUGACCUACCAUCCCAACUUGGACAACACCGAGCUCUACGACGGCUUCAUGCUCCUGCUGCACUGCAGCGCCAGGGGAAGCCCCCAGCCGGAGGUCAGCUGGAAGGUGCAAACUGCCAGCCAAGCCCUGGAGAUAAAGGGGCCCGGCGUGGAGAGGGCUGGGAAUGAGCUACCUGUUGGCAGCUCCAAGCAGAGUGCAGAGCGCUUCGUGGUCUACGGGAACGGCACCCUGGUCAUCCCCCACCUGAGCAAGCGAGAGGAAGGGACCUACACCUGCUUGGCCACCAAUGAGGUGGGCAGCAACCAGACCUCGGUCAACGUGGCUGUGGCCGGUGCCCAGAAAUACCCCGCCCGCCCCAUGGAGGAUCCCCUGGCAGGCAAAGCGCAGCCGGGGGAGAGGAAGCCGGGCCCCAAGGGCUCCAAGAACAGCGUCCUCAGCCCCGAAGAGAGGCCCAAACCCCUCAGCCCCACCCGGCACAGCUCCCACUCGCCGGGGCUGGAGCAAGUCCCCUCCAAGCGGCCCCCUUUCGAGAAGAAUUGCGGCUCCAGCGUGGACACCCAGUACGUCUCCAACCAUGCCUUCAACCAGAGUGGCCAGCUGAAGCAGCACACCUUCGACCUGGGCAUCAUCGCGCUGGAUGUGUCGGAGAACGAGGCCAAGGUGCAGCUCACCCCCUUCUACGGACAACCGGAAAAAGCCCACCUGCGGGCGCUCUACCUGUGCGCGGAGAGCGGCCACGGCCACUCCAUGGUGCAGUGGUCCAGGAUCGAGGAAGGUGUGAACUCCUACUGGUUCCAGGGCUUGACCCCUGGCACCAACUACUCGGUCUGCCUGACUUACCUGGGGGAGGAUUGCCAGGUGCAAGUGGUCUUCACCACCAAGAAGGAGAUCCCCUCCCUCAUCAUCAUCGUGGUGGUCAGCAUCUUCUUGCUGGCCCUGGCUACCAUCCCCUUGCUGGGGGCCACCUGCUGCCACUUGCUCGCCAAGUAUCAGGGCAAAACCUACAAACUCAUCAUGAAGGCCCAGAAUCCAGACCAGAUGGAGAAGCACAUGGCAGCCGACUUUGACCCGCGGGCCUCUUACCUGGAGUCAGAGAAGAACUACAACCCAAGUGAGGUGGGGGAAGGUGAGGCAGAGCGGGAAGCAGAGGGGGAGAGGGAGCUGGAGCGAGACGAGAGCCUGGUGGCCGAAUCCAUCGCCGAGUCCCAAUCCAAAAGCAACCCAGAGGAGUUUGAGGUGGGGUCCGAAUACAGCGACAGGCUACCCCUCGGGGCCGAGGCUGUGAACAUCUCCCAAGAGAUCAAUGGGAACUACAGGCAGCCAGCUCGCUGAUCCGACCCCUGGCCACCCCGCAGCCACCGCCCCACCCUGUAUAUUGUAUAAUACAGUAAGAUACAAACUCGAGGGGGCACCUGAGCCAUUCACUGGUUGAUCAGCUACAUUCUUCCAAAGGUUUCAGAGUAGCAGCCGUGUUAGUCUGUAUUCGCAAAAAGAAAAGUCUCUAAGGUGCCACAAGUACUCCUUUUCUUUAUUCUUCCAAAGACAUUUCUGCCAACAGCCCAGCGUGGGGGGAAACCCAACAGAAUUCAGAUCCCAACCAGUUUUUCUGGCCUCACUAAGUACUUCAGGGUGGGGUCGAUUUUUUUUAAACAAAAUAAGUGGAAUGAAUUGGCCUUAAAAAAGUAUUUAACACAUUAUUUGAAAUACAAAGUUUAAAAAAAAUAACACCACCAUCUGCUCGCAACAUAUUAAUCCUAAACGUAGGCUGUGGUCUUUUUUAAAAGCUAUGUUGGUUUGUUACAAUUAAAAUACAAUGGAUUGACUAUUUCCCCCUCUUUUACAUAAGAAAAUCCGAAGAUAUCCUGAGUUAAUUUAAUCAAGGCCAGUUGUCAAUUUCAAGCGUGAGUGUUGUCAGUUUCAGCAAGUGUUUGCGCUAGUCAGCUCCCAUCCCCGUCCCACUCCAAUGCAAACAGCUGUGCCCUUCCCACGCUGGGAUGUACAAAUCCCUGUAUGGGGAGGAUGGGUGAGUGGGUAACUGAAACCCACACCGGUCCUGACCAUCAGAUCAAAGAUACGCAAGGUGAUCUAGCGGGUCACCUCUACCUAGACAGUGUUAAUAGAGCCGUGCUGUAGAAUUUGAGAUAUGUGUGUGACUUGGUCCUCUCUUAACUUGUGGGUGCUUCUCAUUUCUUUAGAGGUAGGGGAAGGAAUGUGGAAAUAACCCCACCUCUGAUCUUUGUUGUCUCUUUUUCCCAGACCUUCUGGGAGGCAUGUGACUCACUGAGAUUUCCUAGAUGUUUAUUGAAUAGAGUAGCAUUCUUAUAGAGAAAUGUAUGUACCCUUGAUGUGAGUCUGUGAUGUUUAAAGGUGAACGGGAAAUGAUAGGUAACUUUUGCCGUGGAAUUGAGAAAAAUCUGAAAUGUAUAUGCAGCAGGUGCAUCUGUGAGUUUUUUAUUUUUUGCUUCUGUAUUAAAAAAGCACCAAAAAUCAAAAUGAAAUGAGCACAAUUGUCCCCAAAGCGGAGAAAGAUUGUUUGCUAAUUUGAUUGUUAAAUACUUUCAAAAGCAACCUUAAAAUCAAACAGAACCGGAACCUUUUCUAAGCGAUUCUGUAUGUGAAGAGUCAAUAAAACAGAUUUAAAAUGGA